AUGGCGGCGCCUGCCAGCAAUCCGUCGAACACGGUGACGAACAUCUCGGAGUUCCAGUGCCUGGCCAAGGAGAAGCUGCCCAAGCAGGCGUACGACUACUACGCGUCGGGCGCCGAGGACCAAUGGACGCUCGCCGAGAACCGCAACGCCUUCGAGCGCAUCAGGUUCCGGCCGCGGAUUCUGAUCGACGUGUCGAGCGUGGACACGACGACGAGCGUGCUGGGCCACCGCAUCUCCAUGCCCAUCAUGCUCGCGCCCACCGCCUUCCAGCGCAUGGCGCACCCCGAAGGCGAGCUCGCCACGGCCCGCGCGGCAGCUAAAUUCGACACGGCCAUGGUGCUGUCGUCGUGGGCGACGAGCAGCGUGGAGGAGGUGGCGUCGGUGGGUCCGGGUCUGCGCUUCUUCCAGCUCUACGUGUACAAGGACCGGCAGGUGGUGGAGCAGCUGGUGCGGCGCGCGGAGCGGGCGGGGUUCAAGGCCAUCGCGCUCACCGUCGACACGCCGCGCCUCGGCCGUCGCGAGGCCGACAUCAAAAACAGGUUCGUGCUGCCACCUCACCUCACUCUGAAGAACUUCGAAGGACUGAACCUCGGCAGUAUGGACAAGUCACAGGAGUCGGGGCUGUCGUCGUACGUGGCGGGUCAGAUCGACCGCUCGCUCAGCUGGAAGGACAUCGCAUGGCUCAAGUCCAUCACAUCGCUGCCCAUUCUCGUCAAGGGCGUCAUCACAGCAGAGGAUGCGGAGAUAUCGAUAGAGUACGGGGCGGCGGGCAUAAUAGUGUCCAACCACGGCGCGCGCCAGCUGGACUACGUCUCCGCCACCAUCUGCGCCCUCGAGGAGGUGGUGAAGGCAGCGCGAGGGCGGGUGCCGGUGUUUCUGGACGGUGGGGUGCGGCGCGGCACCGAUGUUCUCAAGGCGCUUGCCCUUGGUGCCGCGGGUGUCUUCGUGGGGCGGCCGGUGCCAUUCGCGCUGGCGGUGGACGGGCAGGCGGGGGUGGAGAAGCUGCUGGGCAUCCUCAAGGACGAGUUUGAGCUCGCCCUCGCCCUCGCCGGCUGCACGCGCGUGGCGGACAUCAAGCGCUGCCACGUGGAGACGGAGGAGGACCGCCUGCGCAAGGCCAUCACCUCCCGCCUCUGA